GUCGGUCCACUGCUGCUCAGGACAGACCAAUACUUAUUACCUUUAAACAGGCGUGCUUCAGUGGACUAAUCCAUUGGUUUCAGUACAGGGAUCUGUCCGUGGUGCGCCCAUCUCUCGCAGCAGGAGGAGCGACACAACUUGGGAAUAGUGGACCUACGUCAGCGACUAAAAGACCCCUAUUUUGGAGGAACACUUCUCAAACAGUGUGAAAUAUUUAUAAUUCGGGUGCUAACCCAAAAAUAUAUACUUUAAAUGUGUAACAGUCUAUUCUUGAAAGGAUCAGGCCCCCAUCUUCUAUCAGUGAGGGGGAGACAGUAACAGCCUCUUCUAUCAGUGAGGGGGAGACAGUAACAGGCUCUUCUAUCAGCGAGGAGGAGAAAGUAACAGCCUCUUCCAUCGGUGAGGAGGAGAAAGUAACAGCCUCUUCCAUCGGUGAGGAGGAGAAAGUAACAGCCUCUUUUAUCAGUGAGGAGGAGACAGUAACAGCCUCUUCUAGCAGUGAGGAGGAGAAAGUAACAGCCUUUUUUUAUCAGUGUGGAGGAGACAGUAAGAGCCUCUUUUAUCAGUGAGGAGGAGACAGCAACAGUCACCUUCUCUUAGUGAGGAGACAGUACCAGCCAUGCUCCCCGCCCAGGAAGCCGCCAAGAUCUACCACACCAACUAUGUGCGUAACGCACGCGCCGUGGGCGUGCUGUGGAUCGUGUUCACCAUCACAUUCGCGGUCAUCACAGUGGUGAUUUUCAUCCAGCCCUACUGGAUAGGCGACAGCGUCAACACCCCCCAGGCCGGCUACUUCGGGCUCUUCCACUACUGCAUUGGCAACGCCCUCACCAAUGAGCUCAUCUGCAAAGGAAGUGCCCUGGACUUCGGUUCCAUCCCGUCCGGGGCCUUCAAGACGGCCAUGUUCUUCGUGGGGAUCUCCAUGCUGCUGGUGGUCGGCAGCAUCGUCUGCUUCAGUCUCUUCUUCUUCUUCAACGCCGGCAGCGUUUACAAGAUCUGCGCCUGGAUGCAGCUGGCCUCUUCCACCUGCAUGGUGAUUGGCUGCAUGAUCUACCCAGACGGAUGGGACUCUGAGCAGGUGAAGCGCAUGUGCGGCCAGCGCACGGACAAGUACACUCUGGGCAACUGCACCGUGCGCUGGGCCUACAUCCUGGCCAUCAUCAGCAUCAUGGACUCCCUCAUCCUCUCCUUCCUGGCCUUCAGCCUGGGAAACCGGCAGGACAAGCUACUACCCGAGGACUUCAAGGUGGAGGGCAAAGACGACGCGUAAGCUGCCUUCUGAAAACGGAAACUAAUCGGUAAACAUUGGAUUAGUCAAGGUGACGAAGAUUUUGAUGUGAAAUAUUGCUUGACUUGUUUUUUAAUAAUUACACAAAAGUUGUAGCCUGGAAUAAAAUUUCAGAAAAGA